GAUCUCUCCAACAGCUUGUGGGCAACAGCUACUUUGGCAGAGCUGUCGUUGGAGGCUCUGCCUGCGGCGGCAGUCCUCGCGCCAGAGAUCCGGCGCACGGCCGAGGACUUCAACCCGCAGGAGAUCUCGAACUCUCUCUGGGCAGCUGCAACGCUUCAGGAUUCCGUGCCGGAGGUGCUGGCAGCAGUGCCGCCGCUUGCUGCCAACCUGGGCCGGUUGGCAGGGCAGAUGGUUCCUCAGGACCUGUCGAACUGCCUCUGGGCCGCUGCCAGACUUCGCGAAAGAUCUCCGGAGGUGCUACAGGCUGUGGGCGCAGUGGUUGUGGAGAUUCCCAAGAAGGUAAACUACAUGAUCCCUAGAGAGAUUGCAAGCUGUCUUUGGGCGGCCGCGACGUUGCGAGACUCUGCUCCCGAGGUGAUGCGAGCAGUUGAGGCACUGGCGCUGGCUGUGCCGGAGCAGGUGGGCCACUUCAACUGCCAAGACUUGGCGAACAGCUUGUGGGCUUCAGCUCAUCUUCGCAGUGCGGUGCCGCAGGUGCUUGGGGCAAUACCGGCGAUGACGGAGCAGGUCCCAAAGCUGACUUCCAGGAUGCGGCCCCAGCAUUUAUCCAACUGCCUCUGGGCCGCCGCCACACUCCAGGACUUUGCCCCGGAGGUGCUUGCAGUCGUGGAUGCCCUGGCAGAGCGCAUCCCUGAGAAGGUCAAAGACUUCAAUGCUCAAGAGAUGUCGAUGUGCCUCUGGGCGGCCGCGACGCUCCAAGAAGCCACGCCUGGAAUCCUCGAAGCAGUGCCUGCCCUGGCCAAGAGCAUUCCGGGGCAAGCCAGCAAGAUGAACCCUCAGGACCUUUCGAGCUGUCUCUGGGCUGCAGCCAACCUCGAAGCCACUGCACCUGCGGCGUUGCAGGUGGUGCCCGCCAUUGCACAGCGCAUACCGGACAGUUCCAUGAAGUUCAAUUCACAGGAGCUCUCGAACUGCCUCUGGGCCGCGUCCAUCCUCAAGUCUGGCGCACCAGAGGUUCUCCAAGCAGUGCCUGCCCUCGCCGAGCGGAUCCCGGGCAAGGCAAGCGUCAUGAUCCCACAGGACUUGGCCAACUGCCUGGUGGCCGCUGGGCACUUAAAGCAUGCUGCUCCGGUGAUUCUGCAAGCUAUGCCUGCCAUCGAAGAACACGACUCCGCCACGCUUGUGCGACUGCUCUGGGAGAUUUGGAAGACUCGAAGAUGCAAGGGAGAAGAUCGAUGA